AUGCAUAGCAAAUUGGUGAGCAGAGUAUAGCGAUUUAGUUUUGUACUGUUCGAACUAUAAAACACGCCUACUAUCUUUUUUACUUUUUCGUUUCUCAUUUUAUCUCAUUUCAUAACAGAACUACCUUGUGUAUUCAACUGAAACAAAAAAUACGGAUAGUCUUUUCAAAUUUUUCAUUUUUAAUUGAGAUACAUAAUAUAUUGAACGUUUUGUUCUGUUGUAAGACAAAAAGAAAAUCUCCUAGCAGUCCGAUUGCGAUUCAAUUGUUUUGUGAAGUACUUCAAGUACUGUUGCUGUAGUUGGUAGGAGGCCCUGUCAUUUUUCAAUCCAUACCCCGUUGAUUGUUCUAAAAUUGUUACGUUUUUUUCAGAUUUGCACGAAAUACAUCAUUGAACAUGGGCAAACGAAUUUGUUGGGCCGUAGGAUACUUUUCAUUUAUCCUAAGCACCGUAACUGCAAGUGAUUUCGAUAACGCACACAUUUUGGGUAUGUAUUGAACUCGUUUUGAACAAGACUAUUCAAAAGUUUAUAGUUAGGUACCGCAACGGGUUUCGCAAAACUCCGAAUUUCCAUAAACUUCUUGUUGAAAUUUUCGGUACAUCCCGAGUUAUAUCCCUUCAAAGUUGCCCUGUUUUCUCCCCGGUCGGCGGCCGAGGAGACUAAGGAGUCUCGCUGGCAGGCGAUUCGUGUCGCUGUUUGGUGGAAGACACCAAAGAGGCAACAUAUUAAAGGACCAGGGAACCCAAUAAUUUUUUGAUUUUUUUGUGAAAUUUUUUUGUGACUGUUUGAAUUGUCUCUUAUUGGCUCAUACACUGGUGAAAUGCUGCCUCUCAAAAAUGCCAAUGAACUAAACGGCAUGCAGUUGAAGUUGUGGCCGUGGCCUAGCGCCAAUGGCCGAAAAAUAUAUAAAAAUAUAUGCGCUUCUCAGCCAGUUUAUUUUUUCCGCUUUUUCAUCGGUUUUUUUUAAUCUCCGAUUUUAUCGCGAAAAAAACCGGAAAAAGGCGGAAAAUAAAAUGGCCGAGAAGCGCAUAUUUCUAGGCCACGGCCACAACUUCAACUGCAUCACAAAAAAAUUUCACAAAAAAAUCAAAAAAUGUUUGGGUUCCCUGGUCCUUUAAGUGAACAGAAUUGAUGUUUUAAGAAAGCAAAACAACUUUCGCGAUCAAAAGUUUCGAACCCGACACCUCCAGACUGCCGAGUAAGCACUCUGCCACUGCGCCAACCGGGCGGAGGCGCGGCGAACGCCAAUGGCAAUGAGAAGUUUGGUGUUCGCCAUUCAUUUUUGAUGCGACUUUUGCGGAAUUUCAGCGCAAAAAUGUGAAAAUUUGAAGAUGUUUGCCGGGAUGAAAUUUUGAAUAAAUAGAUGGAUUUUGUAGAAAAUUUCACGCUGAAUCCGAUUCCGUGGAGAAAAGCCGCGUGUUGACUGUUUCCGACCUUCAAAUUAUCGAAAAACAAGGAAUUCGGCCGAAUGGGGUCUACUCAAUCGAACACAAAAUUUCUCCUAGGGGGUCUAGAGCUCUAAAAUUUUAUAUUUGGGUUCUCAGAGAGUGUAUCUAUGCAUUCCAAACUUGAAAAAGUGGGGUCAUCGCUGAAAAUUGUUCGCUAACUUUUUUGGCACUCUGACGGACUGAAAAACAAUGUUUGCCGGAACGAAAUUCGAAUUUUGUUUCAAAAACGGAUUCCCCAUCCCUUAAACUGUCAGAAUCACUUCUCAGAAGCCGCGUGUUGCACAAACUCCGGCCACAGUGGCUCUCAGACUAACUUCCAUUUUCGUUUUCACUUUUUUUUUGUGAAAACUGUGCGUUUUCAUGGAAAACGGAGCUGUUCAUUUGAUUUAGCAUGGCCGAUUACAUAAAGUAAAACUAUUUGAAUAUGGUACUUAGUUAGGGGACCUCGGUACAGGCCCUCAAACAUGCGCGGGCGCGACCGGGGAGAAAAUUGGGCGGGCCACGCCCCCUUUGUUGCGCCCCCUAUUUAUAAUUUUAAAUAAGGGUAUAAAAACUUUUCACCAAUACAGUGAGCCACCCGGCGGUUCCAAUUUUAGUUACAAGCUUGGCCUGAUUUGUCCAUAGUGGGUUCCGUCCAAAAUCUGGUGCUUGUGUUCUUAGUUUAAUUUUGAGUCUUCAGGAGCCCCUCAAGUAUUAUGUUCACCCAAGUCAAUCGCAGUCAUUUUUUCGACAAGUAUGCCAUUUCAAGGUAGAAUAUCGGUAAGUUUUUUUUCUAACUUUACAUCAGUGUUUUGUCGGCUAUCUGUAUCCUUUUGAGGUGUACGACAAAUUUUUUAUUCCGGCUUGUAAGCAUGAAUAUGCUGCAAAUAUACUGAACAAUGCUUCUUUUGUCAUCGAUGUUUUACAGUGUGCUGAAACAGGGUUCCUGAAAGUGAGUGUUUUUCAAUGUUCAAGUUUAUAAACUACUGUGUCUAAAGUUUUUAAGAAUCAGACACGAAUACUCCAAUUUUUUGCAGAACGGGUCACGUAUCAUAAAAGCAUAUGUGGAAAUCGGAUUCCAUCCUCUAGUAAUCACAAACAGCGAUAGGAUGUUUCUUGUCGAAUGCGUGGACAAUUCAGUCGCUCCAAUAGUAAAUAUUUCGCCAGAAGCCACGAUUUGCAAACAUUUGGUCAGAAUAGCUUCCGAAUGGAACAGUAUGACCGAGUUUCAUGUCGGAGAUGCAAUUGUUCAUGAAUGGAGUUGUCAACUUCCUGAUCCAGGUAAAGCAAAUACAAGAAAAUUGUCAGUUUUUAAAUGAAUGUUCAGAAAAUACACAAACUUUCCUCACAAACUGUAACGCAUUGUCGCAAAGCGGACAUAUAAUUCAUUUAGUGGAUAAAGAUGGGUGAGUUUGUUCUAAUUUUUCAUUUUUAUACACUAUUUGCAGGACACUUUAAAACUUGCAAAUAGUCCUUAAUGAAAUUAUUACAUUCAGAUGCGUAGUUGAUGCAGAACUAAUGGGCGACGUUGUCUACAGUAAUCACGUCUCCAAACUGUAUGCAAGAGCUCGAACGUUCAAGUUUCUUUCAGACGAAAAGUAAAAUUGAUUUGCAUUGCUUCCAUAUAAUCGGGCUUUGCAGGUAUCGCAUUGAAUGCAAUCUAGAGUUUUGCAGCACCAAUUCGACAUGCAAAGACCGUCCAUUCGUAAGUGAUGAACUUUUAUCGUUCUUAUCAGACUUGCAAAAUACUCGGCAGUGUUAGUGAGAAUUUGCGCAUACUUUACGCAAUUGCUACUAGAACUUUUCGCAAAAGUUUCUUGAAGUUUUAAAUUGUGGGGACCCUUAAAGCUUGCACAAAUUCUGAAAAACGUUAUGCAAUUUUAGAGCAAACUUCAAGGAGUUUUUGCUCAAACUUUAAGUGCCCCCACAAUUUUAAAGCAAACCUUGAGCCAAUUUUUGCGAAAAGACCUUGUAGAAAUUGCGUAAAGUUUGCACAAAUUCUGAUCAAAACUGUUUGGUAUAUAUUAUAGGGGCACCGCACAGAAAUGGCGCUCUGUUGAGAAACUCUUUUUGCAGUGCAAAUUGAGCGACCUCGGGGCCGAGUUUGAAAAGUUAGGCCACCUUUUCAGUGAAAAAUUACUUCGCGGCCUAGAAAUUCUGCUAGAUUGCGAGCAGCGCGCCCUUUCUGUCCGGUGCCCCUAUAAUAUAAUAACACAUUUAUUCUCUUAAGCCACCUGGGAAUGAAAUUACAACAAAAAAGAAAGAAGAGAAAAAGAGGGGGAAUGUGGGUGGGGGAAGGAACAAUGGCUUGACAUGACCAUUGGCCGGCAGUAGCCAGAGGUCAGUUAGAAUACAAAAAGCUAGGGGGGAUCUUCUCGAUGCGCGCUGCGAAGGCCUCAGAGGACAGUCUUUCGGGAAACAACUUGGCCACUCGGUUCCAAAGGGCAAGAUGGGUAUGUAAGAAAGAGUCAUGGGGUAGUAUAUAUAAUUUUUUUUUCUUAUGCGUUCGUCUGUUAGUGUCCUUGUUUGUCCGUCUCAAUUUUUCUAUUUAUAGGCAAGUUCAAAAAAGUUGUGACGGAACAGUUGAGACACAUUAGAAAAAGCAUUUUUUAAAAAGUUAUCCUUAUUUUUCUUUUGACGAUUGAAUUAUUUCUCAAUAAAAAGAGACCCCACAAAUUUUGAGGAAUUUUGCAAUUUUUCCUAGAUCCCCCUGUCUAUUUCUGAAUUUUAGCUUUCCUGACGAUCCCAGUACUAUCUUUAUUUUGUUAACACUAUAUUCGAUCGGAUCUCGUCACAGACAGUUUGUUUCGGAACUUCAGUUCAUUUGGUUCUAUCCUGAACGUCUUCCGAAGCCCUAAAGGCGCUUUAAAGCAGUGCUAGCUCACAUCUCAUUUAAGAGGCAAUGUCUGAGAACCUCGAAAUUCGCUAAUUACACCAGGUCACUAAAAAUUCAGAAUGCUUCAAUUUGUCUCAUAUUAUACCCAAUGGGUACUUACAUAACAGUGAUACAUCAGACAAGUUUUGGUCCGGCUCCUUGGUCCCUAGUCCGAUCACGGUCACAAAAUAGGUCAAACCUGUAACUAAUUUCAAAAAAAUGCUAGCGUCUCAGACUCAAGGCCAUUCGAUUUCUCGCAUCUUUUAAAGUAUUUUUCAUGUUGGCACCAAAAAUUUAUCACCUUUCCUUCAUGGAGAAAUUUCGGAUUUUUCGUGAAAAAGUUGAGUUGUUGUGCAGUUUUCCACCGUGGUGAAAAUUUUUUGCACUUCAUAGCCACGAUUUUAUUUCAAAUUCUUAAUCUACGGACAAUUUUACGUCGAUAUACCAUACUGUCGCACAUUUGCCGAUUGACAUCAAAGUAGUUUUUUUCAAAAGUUUGAUCCGGUCUCAAAAAAAAGUUUCUGUUCUGCUUUUGGAAAACUUACAGAAACAAAGGAAUUCCUGUUUAUAGACGUUUUUCAUGCUAAAAACUGUAAUUCUGUUAUGUAUUCGUCAGGUACAGCUUUGUAAACGUAGCGAUUAAAACAUGUUGCUAUUUUUUCUCAGGCGGAUAGAUUUUUCGAGAUGUGUUCCCUUUUACCCAAUAUUUUAUGCUUUCUCUCGUUUUUAUUUUUCAAUGUUCAUCUUACUUUUUGUGAAGAAUUUAUUUGGUCGUUCUCCGAUUGAUUCAAGAACGGUAAACAAGAAGUACAUAUUAUAGGGGCACCGCACAGAAAUGGCGCUCUGUUGAGAAACUCUUUUUGCAGUUCAAAUUGAGCGACCUCGGGGCCGAGUUUGAAAGUUAGGCCACAUUUUCAGUGGAAAACUACUUCCUUCCACGAGUCAUCCUUCAUUUCUUGAGCGCGUCGCGAUCGUGCUGCUUUUGAUUGCCUUUUCGCUGCUUCACGGGAGAAGAACCCGGCAAUCUGACGGAAGUCUUUCCUUUGAUCCACUGAAAACCGCUUAGAACCGUCCGGAUUUCUAGCUUCUGCCAUUCUCUUUUCAACAAUUCUCGGAUCCGCAUGUUGACAUUUCUUACUUGAAGUACCCAUCCGUCCUCCAAUUCCGUCUUCUCGUUCGUCUCCUUCAGUUUUUUUCACAGCAUUCGAAAUUAUUGGGCAACUUUUUUUGACCACUUCUUCCAAAACCACGAAUAAAUUAUUUCAAUGAAAAAAAUCACGAAGUGUCUGCUGCCGUUCAGGUCGAAUUAUAUGUUGUCCACGUUCAACAUGCUCGACCACGCUUGAAUAUCUCAAAAAAAUGUAGCUGAGCAUCCUUCCUCUGGGCAUGUAAAUAUCUUUUUCCAAAGCGUCUUCGUACCGCGGUCUCACUUCAUCGCUUUCCACUUCAUUUUCAUCUUCUUCUUCAAUGCAAGCAGUCUUUUUGAGAAUCAGUUGACUUAGUACAUUCCGAAAAAGUACCAAAACGUGGUCUGCUUCUGCGACAGUACAGCAUUUAGUUCUUCAUCAAUAGACCCAAUCACAGUUGAAGUGUAUCCGGCAUGUUCGAACUCGUAUGUUCCAGUCAAUGACUUCAAAUUGCUUGACGGAACAAAUUGACCAUUGCAAGAGCAACUGUACAAUCAGGAAAACAAUGAGUUUCAUUAUAAUCUGUAAUAUUGACCAUCUAAUAAUAUCAGCAGUUUGAAAAUAGUAAGAAGAAUAGCUACACAAAAUUUGCUUUGUGCUUUUAUACCUAUUUGAUGUACUUUUGUUGUUGAGUGUUGCCCCAUGUGUAUUAUAGGGGCACCGAACGGAAAAGGCGCGCUGUUCGCAAUCUGGCCGAAUUUCUAGGCCGCGAAGUAAUUUUCCACUGAAAAUGUGGCCAAACUUUUCAAACUGGGCCCCGAGGUCGCUCAAUUUGAACUGCAAAAAGAGUUUCUCAGCAGAGCGCCAUUUCUGUGCGGUGCCCCUAUCACAUGUACUUCUUGUUUACCGUUCUUGAAUCAAUCGGAGAACGACCAAAUAAAUGCUUCACAAAAAGUUAGAUGAACAUUGAAAAAUAAAAACGAGAGAAAGCAUAAAAUAUUGGGUAAAAGGGAACACAUCUCGAAAAAUCUAUCCGGCUGACAAAAAAUUUCAACAUGUUUUAAACGCUACGUUUACAAAGCUGUACCUGACGAAUACAUAACAGAAUUACAGUUUUUAGCAUGAAAAACGUCUAUAAACAGGAAUUCCCUUGUUUCUGUAAGUUUUCCAAAAGCAGAACAGAAACUUUUUUUUGAGACCGGAUCAAACUUUUGAAAAAAACUCCUUUGAUGUCAAUCGGCAAAUGUGCAACAGUAUGAUAUAUCGACGUAAAAUUGUCCGUAGAUUAUGAAUUUGAAAUAAAAUCGUGGCUAUGAAGUGCAAAAAAAUUUUUCACCACGGAGGAAAACUGCACAACAACUCAACUUUUUUUCACGAAAAAAAUCCGAAAUUUCUCCAUGAAGGAAAGGUGAUAAAUUUUUUUGGUGUCAACAUGAAAAAUGCUUAAAAAGAUGCGAGAAAUCGAAUGGCCUUGAGUCUGAGACGCUAGCAUUUUUUUGAAAUUAGUUACAGGUUUGACCUAUUUUGUGACCGUGGUCGGACUAGGGACCAAGAAGCCGGACCAAAACUUGUCUGAUGUAUCACUGUUAUGUAAGUACCCAUUGGGUAUAAUAUGAGAAAAAUUAAAGCAUUCUGAAUUUUUAGUGACCUGCAGUUUUUGAACUUCUCAGACAUUGCCUCUUAAGCCCACCGGUCGCAGCUUCAGUUAUCUUCUAACUCUUUAUUCAUAAUGAUUUUGCCAGUGCCCAUUAGGUUUUGAAUUAUUGUCUUUUAUCUGAACAAAAUUUGUAUGAAUAGUUAAAAAAAAAGAUUCCAGCCACCAAAAUGUGCAUUUACAAAAGAGGAAAUCAGCAGUCGAUUCAAUCGUAGCAAAGUGGAUGAAUUUGGGAUAACUGUCAUGCCAGGUUUUUUUCUCAGAUUAUUCUGCAUUAGUUGAAUUAUUUCUUCUCUUCAGGAAACUUGAACAAUGCUUUUGAUACGAGUAUCAAAGUUAGUUCAGCCUGGCUAACAGUCAAAUUUAACCAAUACACUGAAUUCAAAAAUUUGCACAAACGUAAGUGUGAACAUUGAUAGAAAAAUCUUUGAAUUCGUUCAGGCUAUCACUUGAAAGCAUACCUGGACAAUUCUAUUGAGAUAUUUCAUCAUUUUCCCGUUGCGGAGCAUUUCUUGAUGGACAUUUCUUAUCGGGGGCCACUUCUCAAUGCAAAGCCAAGCACAGUUGGAAGCGAUCGAACAGUGGUCUCCCGCGUUUUACAUUCGACAGUUUUCCAACCGGUUUUCAGUCAACCUAUAGUAGGCUGAGAGUUUUGGGAACAACUUUUGACCAAAAUAGUUCAAUUACAGAGUUCCAAUGAAGACCUGAUCGAAACAAUCACAUUUGGAAACUCGUUAAUACCAGACAGAAGCGCAAAAAAAUUAGCAAGUACAACUACGGAAUCAAAUACAAAACAAUCCAUAAAGUGAGUAAAUUUUCAACGCAUAAGUCCCAUUUGUAAUUAAUUAAUAAGCAGAAAACUAAAUUUUAUCACAACAUCUGAUCCAGUACAGACUACGACCGACUCCUCUAAAUCUGGACCUGUGAGGUUGGGCAAGUUGGUUUAUUUAGACCGAGCAAAUGCUUAUCAAUGUCCGUAGCCAAGCCUGAAACCCGGCGGUGGCCGGGGUUCAGGCCUGUUCAAAAUAACAUCUUCAUUGUAUCGGUUGUUCAAAAAUGACAUUGCAGAGUGCGAACUAGAUUAUAAAUAGAAAAUGCAAGUGUGUCUUUUGCACCUAAAGUGGCACUGUUGAUGCCUCAACUUUAUCAUUGUGUUCUGAGUGACUCCAACUUUUUUCAAAGAGUCUCGACCUUUGGAAAUGUCUUAGAAGAUUAGUUUGCUCAGGACAUUAACUCUGUUAAGGUUUUCAAGUUAUUUUGUAAAUGUCUUCUACUCAAGAAUAAAAUGAUAAUUUAUAGUUCUGGCUGAUUGCUGAUGAUAACUCAUAAGACGUUUGAUUAAAGAACAAAAAUGCGAAAUGUCUCUAAGAACCCUUAGAAGUCUUUAAUGCUUUGAUUCAGCUGAAAAGAAGAGAAAUAAUAUUUCAGAAUACUGACAACAGUCGCACCAAAGAAAGAAACCAGCAAGAGAAAAACGUCCGAACUGGAAACGGCACUCACUACUCCCAUUCCUCUAAACAAACUAGUAUUAUCUACACUGUCGCCCAAAAAAAAGCUAACUCCAACUACGCCGUACAUUGGGAUCUCCGCUACAACUACACACGAGCCAAGAGUAUCGCAAAGCGUGUCGCAGAACACAAUAAACGUUUCCCAGAGCGUGGGAGAAGAUAACGUCAUUCACAAACAGUGCAAGUUUUUUUUAACUUCAAAAAUAGUAAAAGAUUGUUAUUUUUCAGAUGAUAAGUUUGUGUUUAAUAGUCCAGAUUGGCGAUUCGAUGAAAAAGCCAUUAAUGAUAGCGAUACUGUAUUGGAACGCCAAAAUACUGCGUGCUUCAACGCUACAAUUAUUUCGGUCUGUUUGUUUCGUGUAAAUCAUAUAAGCCAAAAUACUCAUAGUCGCAGAAGCAAUGUAAAUGGUCCGGUGUUGAGCAUCUUCUUCUUAUUUGGUCUUUUUCGUCAUUGUUAAUAUGGAUGUUGUUGAUAGCUUCAUUUCUGUAUAAACAAUUGAGCAAGAAGCCGCAAUGGACUGAUUUCAGGUAACUACAAAAAUGAGGAUACAGGUUGUUUCGGGGCAGAAUGAAUUCCGAAGACAUUACUUUUGAUUUGUGUUCAUGAUUAAGGCAUGUUUUAGUCGGAUAUGGUGGUUUAAUAGAAGAGAAAGGUACACCGUUUCAAAAAUAAUUUCUAAAUUUCAAUUUUUGAAUUCAGUAUGUUUCAACUAAAAUGUCAUUUCCAGAAAAAAGCAAUUGAAGGAGGCAACUCAGUCACGAAUUUUGAAUCAAGAUCAUCCUUGGCUACACGCAGACGCUUUCGAGGAACCGAAUCAAAAUAAGCAUGGAGUAAAGAUCAAUCGUUUUAGUUGA